AUGGCGCCAAAGAUCCAACAAACUAAGGCCGCUAAAGCUGCUGCUGCCUUGGCCGGUGGUAAGAAAGGUAAAAAGAAGUGGAACAAGGGUAAGGUCAAGGACAAGGCUCAGCACAUUGUCAUCUUGGACCAAGAGAAAUACGACAGAAUCUUGAAGGAUGUCCCAACCUACAAGUACGUUUCCGUUUCCGUUUUGGUUGACAGAUUGAAGAUUGGAGGUUCGCUUGCCCGUGUUGCUUUGAGACAGUUGGAGGACGACGGAAUCAUUACCCCGGUCUUGAAGCACUCCAAACAAGCCAUCUACACUCGUGCUCAGUAA